ACUCUCUCCCCCCUAGCCUUUUCCUAAACCUUUCCCCCAUCGGUUCGGUUACUCCUACCUCUCCUCCUCCAUUCUCCAAGAGGAAGCAGCGGUCGGUUGGUCGAAUCCGCGGCGCUACGUAGGUAGGGCGCGGAGAGGGGAGUAGAGGAGUAGGAGGAAUCGCCGGAGGGUUCUGGAAGUUUCUGUGGAGAUGGAGGACGCGGCGGCGGCGGCGGCGGCGGCGAGCAACGGGGGGCUGCUGUAUCACGAGGUGCAGGAGGGGAAGCUCUGCGCCGUGCACUGCGUCAACACCACCCUGCAGGGCCCCUUCUUCUCCGAGUUCGACCUCGCCGCGCUCGCCGCCGACCUCGACCAGCGGGAGCGCCAGGUCAUGUCCGAGGGCGCGGCCGGCGCCGCCACCAUCGCCGCGGGGGACUUCCUCGCCGAGGGCGAGGGCUCCCACAACGUCUCCCUUGGAGGAGACUUCAGCAUCCAGGUUCUGCAGAAAGCACUUGAAGUUUGGGACCUGCAAGUUAUCCCCCUUGACUCUCCAGCUGCGGGGUCAUGCCUAUUUGACCCUGAGCUGGAAACAGCUUUCAUUUGUCACCUGCAGGACCACUGGUUCUGCAUUAGGAAGGUAAAUGGAGAGUGGUACAACUUCAAUAGUCUGUACCCUGCUCCUGAGCAUCUAUCCAAGUUUUACCUAUCAGCUUUCAUCGACACCCUGAAGGGGUCAGGGUGGAGUAUCUUUGCAGUGAGGGGCAAUUUUCCUAAAGAAUGUCCCAUGGCAACGGAAGGCUCUAAUGGUUUCGGCCAGUGGCUGACUCCUGAUGAUGCCCGGAAGAUAACAGCCUCUUGUAACCAGGUCCAAACACCUACUCAGCAGGCAGAAAUCUCUCUAGUUGCUGAUCAAUCAGAAGAAAUGACUGAAAUGGAUAUGAUUGCAGCACAGCAGGAAGAAGCUGACUUAAAUGCUGCUAUAGCUGCUAGCCUGAUGGACACUGGGGUUCCGUUUGCCAGCUAUAGUUCAGCUCACGAAGAGAGCAGGUCUCAGGAUGCUUUUGCUAGUGAAUCAGCAUCAGGCGAAAUGAGCAAAGACAGCAACCUGGAGCAACCAGGAGCUAAUAAAUCUGAACCGAGCGAGCCUCACAGCGAUAAUGUUGAGGAGUCUGCUUCAGGUGGUGAUACGAAGCAGAACACUCCCUCUUUAGAGGGAAAAGAAUCAAUAAAAGAAGAUUAGGAUGGCAUGGUUCGGGAUGGAACUGUAUUAGAAUAUACAGAACAAAGAAAAAGAGGGGAAUGCAUUUCAACUGCUCGCCAUUUGACAAGGGGAGUAAUGCUAUUGUGAACUUCUGAUCUGUGAAUGCCGUAUACACAUCAGAGCCUGAACUGCACUGCUUAAAAA